AUGGACUUCAACAAACUAGACGAGAAGCUAAAAGAGUUGAAAAGAAAAAGAGUGAAUGUAUCCAUAAAGAGUAGGAAGCUGGCUGACAGAGAGAUUCAGGAAGUAGGCGCAAACCGGAAGCCAAGAGUCUACAGUAUGGAAGACGUAAAUGAUGCAGAUGAAUCAGCAGAAAAUAUGGAAAGUUCCGAUAAAGAAAAAGCCUUUCAUUACACUGUCCAAGAAUACAAUGCGUGGGAACGGAGGCAUCAUCAAGGGGAAACUGGACAAAGCCAAGGAAGUGGAAUCUCCUACGAUCAACUCGCAAAAUUAAGUUAUGAGAAGACACUGCGCAAUCUCGCUGCGCAAAAGCAAAAUUCGAGUAAUCAGGACAGUUUCGUCGAUAAAGAAGAAAAUAAAAACAAACCGAAGAAGGGUAGAAUCGACAGGGUACAGAAGGACACUAGAACUGGUAAGAUAAGAAUUGCAGAUGAUGAUAAGUUAGUUAAUAAGUUGGCCGUAUCUUUGGAAUCUGAAUCGAAGAAAAGAUACGAGUCAAGGAAAAGGCAAAUGGAAAAUGCGAAAUCACUGUAUGGGGUUGAAAGCUUUAUCAACGACAAAAAUAAACAAUUCAAUGAGAAAUUGAGCAGGGAAUCAAAACGGUCGGAAUAA